CUGACAUCGCGCAGAACAACUGUAAAAUAAUAUUGGAGUCUAAUUCCCAGCUAUAGCAUUGUUUUCCUUCUCACUGUCAAUUUCUUCGAGUUAGAAAAUGGAUUGUGAAAGAGGAAAUCCUAGAUUCCCUAAAAUAGACAAAACGAGAAAUUAAAAACAGAGAAGAAACUAAUCAAUAGCGAUUUAUCCAAACAGAAAAUUCGAUUCACCUAUACAAGAAAGUCCUCAUACCAUGUGAUUAUCAUCCAUCACAGGAUAUAAUGAUCCAGGAAGUGAUAUAAACAAGACAUUUUAAGUGUGUUUAUAUUACAAAUGGAACAUUCAAAAUGAAGUCCCUGUGGAUAUACAUGUUAGUGAUCCUUGUAUCUGUCAAAUGUGUUGCGAGCCAGUGUAUAGGCAAUACGACCUGUGAUUGCCAUUGUCUUUGCUGUUCCACCGUCGUGGGUGUAUGCCUUAGACCUCCAGCUCGCUACUGCACUUCUUGCGCUAAAGGAUGGAGCGGCACAACAAACAAUGGCUGUCAAAGACAAAACGUUGCAUAUGAUACGUCAGUGAAAAUUUCUUCAAUUGAAGCUAGUUCCAAUCCAAAGAAUGCAGUCGAUGAAAAUAAUGGAACUUUAGUCUUCACAAACACAGAAGAAAAUCCUCAACUUAUAAUAACCUUGUCGAAAAUCUUCAACAUUAAAAGCAUAUAUGUUUGCAUCUAUGCAGAAAGACAUAACAAUUACAAUAUUUACGUCACAAAAACAACAUCAGCAUAUCUAUCAAACAACGAUUUGUGCAAUAGUAUUUAUGAGACUGCGAGAGCUUUGUAUUGCAUUGGUAUCAGCUGCCUGGCAGGCAAGAUUUUAACUGGUGAUCAAAUUGUCAUCGAGCGAAUCACGAACUUGGGACGUAUUCAGGUGUAUGAUGUACGAGUAUACCAAUGUACCCAAGGUACCUACGGUGAUCAAUGUGACCGUGAAUGCCGAAAUUGUGUAAACAAUAGAUGUGAUGGAUACACAGGGGUCUGUGAACGUGGCUGUAACAAUGGUUGGCAAGGAGCGAUUUGUGAAACAAAAUGCAAUACAAAUUGUCGACAAAAUAUUUGCGACCAAGAUACGGGAAUUUGCACAGUUGGAUGCAAACCUGAUUGGUUUGGAGACAAAUGUGAUAUACAGUGUCCAUCGCUGUGUGAAUCGCCUUGUGAUAGAUCUCUAGGAUGUACCAAUUGCCCGAUAGGCUAUAAUGGACCUUACUGUAAUCCAUGCGAAUGGAAUACGUACGGCAAAUACUGUAGUUUGACUUGUAGAAAUUGUGCUGACUGCAAUUAUGUUAAUGGAUGUGUAGAAUGCCGGAACGGCUUUCACGGUGAUCUUUGCAAUCUUGUAUGUCCAAAGCAAUGUAGAAAUUACAUAUGCUCUCGGCAAUCAGGAGAUUGUGUAGAUGGAUGUAAAGACGGAUAUGCAGGUAUUAAAUGUGAGACACGUUGCGAAGAUAACUGUGCAACUUGCAGUCCCAACGAUCUUUGCAUCUCUUGUUUAAAUGGAAGGUUCGGUACAAACUGUGAAAACCUUUGUCCAGGAACAUGCGGCGGAAGUAAAACAUGUGACAAGAACAGUGGAGUGUGUUCGGAGUGUAAUCCUGGAACGUUUGGUCCAAAUUGUACACAGCAAUGCAGUAAUAAGUGUUUACCUGGUAUACCGAGUGUUUGUGACAGAAAUGGAACCUGUACCAGUGGAUGCGUGGACGGAUGGUUUGGUCCACAAUGCGAUACACAAUGUCCAAUUGAAAACUGCAAAAAAUGCAACUCCAGCGAUUUUUCUUGUGAAAUUUGUAAUAUUGGUUACUAUUUAGACAAUGUACAAGAAAUUCGAAAGUGUGUAAAGUGUCCGUCUAGGUAUGUUAGUUGUAAUAGCGAUUUAAGAUGCACCGAGUGCAUACCAAAAUUUACUGGAUACCAGUGUGAAAAUGAAUGCACCAUAAACUGCGUCGAUGAUCUUUUCAAAUGUGAGUAUUAAGUAGAUACACCCAGUUUAUAAUCUUUUUUAAAAUUUUGUUUUAUCUUUACAUUUUAGUCCCAUCAAACUCAUUUAUACUUAAUGCAAAACGAUCGGUUACACGUUGUUACAUGUAACUUAGAUAUAAUAAGUGGAAUGAACAGUUCUUAACAUACACAUAAAUAUGUUAAACGUAAGCAUUGACAUAAUUGAUAUGUUAAAUUAACCGAUAACAUCUAUCUCUCUCUUGAGAAACAAUGUAAACAUAUAAAACAAAAACAUUUUCAUUUAACUCACUAAGUUAGCUUUAUCUUUAAAUUAUCAUGCUGAAAUGUCGCAAGAAUUUACUGAAUCGGAUUCCGUCACGCGUACGGCUAUUUGUACAGACCAACAAUGCAUUUGACGGUGACAGAACCAGUUUAAGACUAACACUUACGGAGUAUCAGAUGUAAGUAUUAUUGUACCACUGAAGUGCCCGGUUGGUUUUGACCAAUAUGAGAUGUUAAAUGAAUUUUUUUAUUGAAUUAACAUUGAUUGAAUUAAGAAAUGUUUUCGAGUAAAUCAUACUUACGGUGGAGAACCAUUUUUUAUUGAAAUUUUUCUUGAAAGUUUGUAAGUUGCAAGAUUGAUUUAUGGCUGUUUUUGCCUUGAAUGGAUUACAAGUAAGUUGAACCGGCUAAAAUGUAAAGUAUUAUUUAAACAACCUUUAGAAUAUAAGAAUUCAGGCAACUCUCAUUUCUUGAAAUCAAAUAUGAAAUUGAUAUGAAAAGAAACCACUUAAAACUCUGUCAAUGAACUAUUAAAUUUAUGUAUCUUAUUUUGUAUGUUCCACCAUUUUUUAAACCAUGGAGUUAAGAAAUUUAAACUGUAAUAAUUUUAUUGUUAUUUCAAAAAAUAUUAAUAAUAUUGAUAUUAUUAAACCGACGUAGACAGUCACACAGUGAAGCUCAGAAUAAUACUAUCAGAGCGUAUAUGUUGACGAGGAAAAAAUUCUAGGUUUACUACAUACAUGUACAUGUAUGUGAAUUAUUAUGAUAGUAAGUGAUCUCUCUCUCUCUCUCUCUCUCUCUCUCUCUCUCUCUCUCUCUCUCUCUCUGCAGUAUUGUUUAACAGACAUUUGCUAUCUUUAAAGUGAUUUUAUCAGGUUCUGUUUCUAGUUAAUUCCCAGAUGAACAAAGAGCAAACGCUUCAGUAAAGCGUUCGGAGAGCGAGAACUUGUAACUGGUCAGCAGAUGCUGGGCGUACAUGUGUAAGUUGGCGGUUGGUUAGUUAAUGUAGAACACGAACAAAACGCAUGCGUAACGUUAACCCAUAACUAACAGUGAACUUAAUAGAAACUAUUUAUUAGAUAAACCGGAUGCUCUCUUCAUAUUGAAUAAAUAUUAUUAUACGAUGAUAAAGCUAAGUUAUAACAGAAGUUUUUUUUUAAAUAUGUAGUGUCACAUUAACAAACACAUUAAAAAAAAGAAAAGGUAACAACUUCACACACUACUAAAACACUACUAGAACUUGAAAUAUGGUUUAACAUUGUCAUGCAAUCUACUUCAUAUUGCUUUAGAGAGUAUGUAGGAGAGGUAUUCAAUGAAAGCACCAAAGGCGAAUAUGGCUGCCUCGCCAGGAUACUUCACAACAAAGCACACAGACAUAUAGGCAUCACACUGAAAAGAUAACGCUUACAACAAAACACGCAAUCAAUGAAAAAAGACGUUUGGAGCUAUAACAGAGAUCCUUUUCAAAGAUGCUUUACACUUAGUUUUUGUAAAGGUAAAAUAUAUAGAUGCAAAAAAGGCAUGGAUGUUGCUGCUGAUAUGAAUGACAUCAGCACUGUACAUUUAAGGACAUCACCAGAGAGACGUUUUUAUUGAAAAAAAAACCAACGGAUUUUAACGAACUUCAGACACUUUGCAUGAAGUUAGCUGCCAUUUCUUUUGGACAGUUUCUCUUUAUUAAUAUGAGCAUAAUCAGUAAAUUAAGUGAAGGUGGAAACAAUCAAACAGGAUUCACAUUUAAAGGUAGCAUUCUGAGGCGACAAGGGCAACCAGUGCUGAUGUUAGACUAAAUCAGAUUGUCAAUUUUUAUUGUAUCAUCCUCCAAUCCAUACUUAAUUGGAGACAACUUUUAAAACACUAAUACACAAAUAUAAGAUCUAAUCUUAUUCAAUGUUUCAAGGAUAAAAUUUCAGGAAUUAAAGAACAUAUAUAACUAUCAAGGAAAAGGAUAAAAAAAGUCAACUGUAUCAAAUUAUAAGCGAGAAAUAUUAAUGUUUUUUGUUUACGAGUAGACUACGAUGCAAAAGAUGAUAUGUUUGUUGUUAUCAGUUUAAAGCUGCCUUAUAAAAAAGAGUUAGCAAUCCAUCAUGGAAAUACUAAUGUGUUAAGCUCAGUUUGUUGCAGUGAUACGUCAUCAAUUUAACCUUUUGUUUUUAAGAAAGUAAUUCCAUCUCUUUUGUCCAAAGACUUGUAUCAUUUUUACCCAGGAAACAUGUAUUAGUAAACUGAAAGUUAUUUACGUACGAGAAAUCAUUAUUGGCAUAUUACACUGUUUUAAGUGAGUCACCAUCAUGCCCUAAAGGGUACGUAUUUUUAGAUCAACAAAUGUGAUUAAAAAUUUAGAAUCAUCGAAUUCAUAUUUGAUGUUUUCAAAUAAACACAUGGUUUAUGAAUGGACUCUAUAUAUAGAGAGAGUAUCUACAGUACGUCCCGUUUUGUAAUUUUAACAGUACAUAUUCAAGUUCUAAGUUAUACAUGUACAUUUAUCAUUGUUAUGUACAUGUAGUUUAAUUUUUGUGAAUGUCGUUUGUGAAUUCAUGAUACUGAAUUAAAUAGAAUCAGUUUAGUGCGAAUAAUGUAUGUAUUACGUUUAGAUCUGCAAUGAGACUGUAGACGUUUUUAGUGUAUAUGUAUAUAAUUAGGUAUUCUGCUAAUUGCAAAAGUUUUCAAAAAUCAAUUUGUACUUAAUACAUGUGUUUAUCUCCUAAAGCAGUUCUUAAAGCAAACAAAUAAGGUAUAUGUGUUAUUUUUCAUAAAAUUAUUCUGUGAUUUUUUUUCGAGCACUUAUUCAUUGAGUGGUGAUGAUCUAAUUAUGUUCUAUAGAGCGUAAAAAACAAAGCUUAUUUAAAGUGUUAUUUUUAGUAUUAGUUGCAAUAGGAAUAAAGUUGAUAUUAAGUUAAGGAAGAUCAUUAUAACUUCGAUAUGUACAAUUUUAAAAUAUCAGUUUUAUAACAUAUUCUCAUAUAUCUUCCUUUUAUUAAGUCAAUUAAAUAAUAAAUAUGACAUUUCUUUAUUAUUUUCUGAAAUGUGUUGAACAAAUAGAUUUGAAACUUGUUCUGCUUCAAUAAAUUUGUAUGAGAGUUAAACAAUGACUUUGUU